AUGAUCCACAACACGCUGAAGACCACUCAGGAGGAGGAGGAGACGCAAAGUCCUGUCCGCACACAAUCGGCCGCACAGAGGCGGCUUUGGAGGUAUUCGGGCUGCAAGGGGACCAGGAGGCCGGAAAGUCAGCGCCGCAGCGUGUGCGUGCUGUCGGCCGACUUGAACGGGACGGCGGGGGGGAGAGGAGGAGGAGGGGCAGUGAUGCACACCAUUCACGGGUUGUGUCACCUCUGCAUCGGAUGUAGGCUACCACAGGUGACCAUCCUUCGAGGAAAGGAUGGAUAUGGAUUCACCAUCUGCUCAGAUUCGCCCGUGAGGGUGCAGGCUGUUGACCCAGGAGGACCUGCGGACCAGGCGGGUCUGCAGCAGUUGGAUACGCUCCUGCAGCUCAAUGGUCAGCCUGUGGAGCAGUGGAAAUGUGCAGACUUGGCCCAUGCAAUUAGAAACAGCGCGAAUGAAAUCACAGUGGUGGUGUGGCGCACUGGCCCCUCAGCCAAACCAAACUUCGAGGGUCUCAUCCACCGACCUUCCUACAAGCCGUCCACCUCCAACUACGAGGCGCCCUCUCCACCGGCCCCUCGCCGCGUCCCGGACAUGGGCGCCGGUCGAACCCCGCCUGCUGUGCCGCCGCUCCCCGCGCACCACCGGGCCACUGCUGCUCGCCGGCUCCUUGUUAACGGUUCUGACGGUGUUGGCGGGGGCUUAGGAACGGGCACCCUGAGGUGGGGCGCCGGGGCCGGCUCGGCUGAGGAGCUGGACGGCAAGUCGCGGCACAUCCAGCAUCCUCACACCGCCACGCUGAAGGGAACAAGGGUGAAGGCGUCCAACGGGGACAACUACAUCAUCCUGGCCCCCUUCGACCCCGGAAGCCAGAUCUUGAGGCCAGUUUAUCAAGACAAUCAGGGAACAUUAGCCAGCAGGUUGUAUCCCACGCGGCAGGCCUCUGCGGCACCUAACCAGUCCGCCAGUACCGGUGUUGGAGUGGGAACCUUUUUGCCCGGGUCAAGUGGAGGCGGUCCUUUCUCCAGUCGCACCGGUUUCCUUCGCCGCUCCAACAACGCCAAGACGUCAAAAAUCGCCUCCGCUGGUAGUGGCGUGCCCAACUACCAGCAGCACAGUGCUAACAUUGCCAACUACCAGAAUUGCACCAUCGUACGCUCUCACGUCCCUCAUGGUAAUUACGGAUACGUCUCCGUUGCACCCAAGAUACUCAUCUUCCCCAUCUUUGUUCAGCCUCUGGACCUGUGCAGCCGAGCUCUCAUCAUAACAGAGGAGAUGAUAUUGCAUGAGAGCAAGCAUCACUCCCUCAAGGUUACCGUGUUCGUCUACACAGACCUAAUGUUGGUGACGAGAGAAGACGAACCUGGCAAGUGUAAUGUCCUCCAGAGCCCUUUGUACCUGAGACACCUGCGACUACAGGAUGAUUACGUCGAAGAACUCAGAUUCUACCUUAUUCACAUGACCGAGAAGUGCGACUGCCUGCUCAGCCUGGAAGCGUUCUCGUCCGAGCAGAAGCAUCGCGUGUGCCAGUGCCUCAAAGACAACAUCGACAAGCAGCUCCACCUUCAAAGGAGGGAGCCCGCCGUUCAGCAUUUUGACCAGAUGUUGGAGCCAAAGGUGGACGUACCCUCUUGUGAGUUGGGGGGAGUCACGGGCGAUCGUGGGGGCGUCUGCCUCCACCUUCCGCCCCGUAAUUCGGAGGGAGAAGAAAGCAGCCUUUAUCCGUCCAGCCCCUCUGAACCCUUGACCCUAAGCAGCCCUCACCCCUCAGAGCCUUUGAGCCCACUCAAUGAGGUCUACCUGCCCCUUGGUAGUCUGGGCGGGUCGGAGGAGCGCCACAAGGUGCCCCCCACGCCUCCGCCUUCCACCGAGGGUGAGGACUGGAAGAGCGUGGAGGGGCACGAGAUGGAGAUCUGGAGAGAAGUGGACCGUAGAGAAGAAGAGUAUGAAGAAGAGGAGGCUGUGAGCAGGAAAAGUGAGUUGGAGGCAGACGUAGAACAAGAGGGAGAGGAAGUUCACCUCCACCUGCUGGUGUCAAACACCGACGAAGACAAUGCCUCGGAGCAGCUGGACACCAACGCGCCUCCUUCCUCCUCUUCGUCCUCCUUCGUCAUCCCCGAGCUACGCCUGGACCGCUCCUUCAGCGCCGACGCACUCUCCUCGCCCAACACCGACGAAGAAGAAUACGACGAGGAGGAGGAGGAGGACGACGACGAUGAUGAGGAUUCUGAGGAAGACGACAGCGACGAUGCCUACCUGCAACGUGUUGACAGCAAACGGCGCUCUAUGGUGGAGGGCGCCACCUGCGAGAAGCACGGCGGCGGAGGUCUCAGCGUGCAGAACUCGCUGCGAAGGCGCACCCACAGCGAGGGUAGCCUACUGCAGGACCCUCGCACGCCAUGCUUUACCUCUGACAACGCCAUCAACUGUUUGGAGGUGGGCGGAGCGCACCACAAGGGCGGCUGGACGCUGCCCUCGCCCAAGACGCUGAAGAAAGAGCUGACCAAGAACGGAGGAUCCAUGCAUCAGCUGUACAUGCUCUUCUCUGGGAGGAAGCUCAGCUCCGGAUCUUCCUGCAGCUGCGAGGUCGGCCCCAACGGCACCAAGAAGAAAAAGUCCAAGAAUCUGGCAAAAGACAUGAAGAACCGCUUGGCUUUCCUGCGACGGAGGAACGAAUCUCCAGGAAGCAACCCAGCCGGAAAGUUGGACAAAACUAUGAAGUCAGUCAAGCCCACCCCAGAGGAUGCACUCAAGUGGGGGGACUCUCUUGACAAGCUGUUGGCGCACAAAUAUGGUUUGGCAGCUUUCAGAGCAUUCUUGCGCACCGAGUUCAGCGAGGAGAAUCUGGAAUUUUGGCUGGCGUGCGAAGAAUACAAGAAGAUCAAGUCGCAGUCCAAGAUGGCCUCAAAAGCCAAGAAGAUCUUUGCAGAAUAUAUUGCUAUCCAGUCGUGUAAAGAGGUGAACCUAGACUCGUAUACUCGGGAUCACACAAAGGACAACCUGCAGAAUGUGACGCGCUCUUGCUUUGAGCUGGCACAAAGGCGAAUAUAUGGACUGAUGGAGAAAGACUCAUACCCACGCUUCCUCCGCUCCGAGCUCUACUUGGACUUGAUCAACCAAAAAAAGGCCAGCUCCACUUCGACGUCGUCUUCGUCAUAA